AGGAGUUCCACUUUUGGUGUCACACAAAUUCGAUGCGAUUAUGAGCAUAAUGCCUUCUGGCAGCGACCUUCUCUCAUGGACUCUUCAAUAAGUGGCAGACAAACCGGAUGCCGAAUUUGCCCGGAUAUCAACAUGAAUAUCCCCAAUUCGGUGGCUCCCUUGACAGGCUGGACAUCGCUGUACAUCGCGAUUGUCAUUGCGGUAACAUCGCACCAUAUCUAAGGAACUGGCUCCAUCACGAGGACCAUUAAGGGGGGGUAGGCUGCUUUGAGCACUUCCGAGAUCUGCCCCCGAACUGCGGCUAAAGAUAUGGGAGGAAUAUCUCCGUCUCAGGCAUAUACACGUCAUCAAUAUCGACGGCCACCACGUCGACUUGCUUGGCAUGUCGGUCAACCAGGAGGCAUGUCAUGUCUUCGUCAAGAACUACCAGGUCACCAGCACGGCCAAUUUCAUGUCUAUACUCCGCAAGUUAACCCAAAAAGGAUGCUAGAUCACAUUUUCGAUAAUAUUGCGCCACAUAUUGACCUUUCGGAUCUUGCCACCUACGGACCCGAUAUCCCGGCAGAGAUCAGAGCCCGAUUACAAAACCUAAGCAGUCACCGUCGUGACGAACUGCCCACGACAUUACCCAUCGAUUUUCAGCAAGACGUGGUCUACCUCAUCGGCUCCAAGAGCUACGGCAUCUGGAUCGCCCUCUGCGCCAGCGAUCUGGGUAGCAACCGUGCUCCAGGAUUCACGUUCUCGCCUGAGGAUCUCAACCCACUUUUCAUGACGAGGUUAGAAAUGGCGCGGCUGAUUUCAGGCUACGAAUGCGCACUCAAACAAAUCAUUCUCGUCGUGAACUUCCGGGAUGUGACAGCGAGUACCGCUACGUCAAGCCGCCAAGAGACGAUUACGACUUUGCGCGACUGGAAGACUUCCGGUCUGAAACUCACCAUCGGGCCUACCAAGUUGGGGCCCUGCAUUUUGAGGCAGUUGCAAAAUCCUCAAAAUGCACUUUCCAAACUUUGCUAGUGAUGCUACAUCGUUGGUAGUGGAUGUCGACAGCGAGACCAUGGAGUGUGGGGGGCGCGAUGGGUCUAACUGGGGUCCGUGGUUCCAGAUAUUUCAGGUCUUUCGGUUGGUGAGCCAGUUUUUUAUUCAUGUAGUAUGUUUUACAGGUGGUACACCAAGUAGUUAAUGCCCCGUCGUAUGCAUAGAAAGGUG